AUGACCACUCCAAUAUCAACAUCGCCCAACGCAUCGCCUUCGGCCUCAACCUCCUCCCUACUCCGUCGCGUCGGCUCCUUCAAGACCAAAAAUGACCUUUCCGAGCCCAGUGUCAGAGUGCGCACAAGAAGCACUUCUAAUCCUGCAGCUCUCUUCAAGAACCGCUCUCAGCCUGUGACACCUGUUACACCCAACACGCCAAUAUGGCCCAAUUUUUCCAAAUUGCGUCCUCCAGCGAAUCUUCCUCGUCAAAACCUUCCUGCAUGGGAUCGCGUUUAUGAUGCUGUUUGCCAUAGUACCGUGGCUGAAAGAGCAAGCUUCGAGAAAGUGCUUCUGGCCUUCUUCAAGGAUCAUGGCCGAAGAAAGUCGUCAUUUGGAUAUUUCCGUCUGCCGGACUCGGUGCGGUUUCAAAUCUGCCUGUACUUACUUCCUGACAACGAUAAGCCUCUGCGCCUAAACAAAUACCCAUUCAACCGAGAUGUCUGGCGCUCACAAGAUUUCACAUCACCUUGUUCUACCCUAGGUCUACUCUCACCGUACUUGGAAGUUUCCUUCGCCUUUCGAGCAGAUGUUCUCGUCACUUUUCUCCAGCAAACGAGACUACACGCCGUCCUCUCUCCAUUCAUAGGACCUAGAGUGAGCCCACUUGCAACAACAUGGCUCAACAAAUAUGGGUCAUACGCAAGUAAUAUCGCUAUAGAGCUAGAAAUGUCGCAUCUGGCCGGCGGCCCUACCCCCGACGCUGAAAGACUGCUGGCCAACUCCGAGAAGACCGGGCUGAGUUUUCAAUACUUCGUCGUGUCUCAACUUAAGCGCAGCUAUUCCUGCCCUCUGGAAAGUCUGAUCCUUUUGUGUCGAAGGUUCUACGGAAAGCGGCCACCAAAAAUAGAACCUGAGACAAUGAACGCCACAAUGAGCGCCGCAAGCAGCCGGCCACCUUCACGAGGAGUCAAAACACCCGAACCACACAGUCCAAGGGGUAAGCCUCUUCAAUGGUGGGAAUCCCUACCAAGCGAUGAGCUAUUGUUGAGCCCCGCCUCCUCUUAUGGUAUCGACCAUUCAGGUGUACCAAUGCCAACGACUGUCCGUCUUCGAGAUGAAUACUGCCCCGACUCGAACCUUGUGUUCUGCAAUAACAUACUUUACCUCAAGGGUCGCAUCGGAUCCAUGCGAAUGUGCGGUUUCAGCGAGGACUACACGGCACGCCUGAUAGGAAGCAUGUUCUGCCAUCAAAAUAGUCUCGCUUACCGUGUUACGCCAUCAACGAUAUGGCCUAAACUCGAAGGCCAAAAGUCUUACCUCGACAUUGGCCAAGGUAUUAUUGCGCUGGAUGAACAUGAGGUUCCUGCCUCGAACAACGUACCCGAUGCUUUACGUAAGUGGCAAGGUUGUGUUCAGCUCCCGCCGCCCCAUAUGGACGGAAACGGAAACCUUCUUCUCCCUGCCCUAGUGGCUGAUUUACAGCGAUUGAGGGACAGUGUUCCACGGAGCGAGACAAGCUUAUCGGAGCGUACAUGCGAGGAAUUGCGGAACGAGGUCAAGAAGAAGAGGAAGGGACUUGCUUGGCUCAAGGAACCUUUCAGUAAAGGAAAGCAAAUGAGGAAGAAGAGAGAGUUGUCGAGAGAUGCCGCUACGACGUAUUAA